AGUGAAAAACAAAAAGCUAAACUGGAAUAGUGGAAACAGAUAGGACUAUUUUGUCGUUAAAGAUGCCUUGCUGUGGUCCAGAGGACUCUUUUGUUUGCCCUUUUGUAAAAUACGUUCUUUUCUCCUUCAACUUUCUGUGUUGGCUCUCAGGAGGUGUAUUGAUAGGCAUUGGAAUCUGGGCCUACUUAGAGAAACAGAAAUAUUACAGCAAAGAGAUAGAAUCAGUAUAUGAUGUCAUCUUUGAUCUUGCCAUAAUCUUCCUAGUCCUGGGAGCUGUUAUAUUUAUCCUGGGAUAUGCAGGAUGUAUCGGUGCUCUCAGGGAAAAUGUCUACCUCUUGAAAUUUUACUACUUUGCCAUGCUGCUGAUAUUUCUGGUUUUGCUAGUUGGUGCUGUGUUGGCUUUUGUUUUCCGAGACAAAUUUGGACAGAGGUUUACCUCUCUACUUAAAGAUAAUCUGAUCAUUACCUACCAAGACGACCCAGAUAAACAGAGUACCAUUGACUGGUUACAAGAACAGCUUGGUUGCUGUGGAGUUAACACAUACAGGGACUGGAACAAGAACCAGUACUACAACUGUUCCAGUGAUGGGAGGUAUAACCCCAGCCCCCUGGCCUGUAGUGUCCCCCACUCCUGCUGUAAAGUACAGGACACACUGAUGGCUGGAAUUCCAAACAUACUAUGUGGAAAUGGAGUUCUUAAAAUGGGAGGCGACUCCUCACUGGUCUACUCCAUUGGCUGUAUUGAUGCUGUCCUUGGUCUGGAGGAGACACAACUGCCUAUUAUGGGAGGAAUCGCAAUUGGAAUAUGUUUUGUGCUGGUAAUUAUCCAAGGAUUUAGAAGUUACAGGGAUCAAACCAUUGUUGAGCCUUUUAGCCCAAAACACAAUGUUAUAGUUGGCAGAAAUGGGUCAGGAAAAAGUAACUUCUUCUACGCUAUCCAGUUUGUCCUGUCAGAUGAGUUUAGUCAUCUUAGACCGGAGCAGAGACAGGCCCUUCUUCAUGAAGGAACAGGACCAAGGGUUAUUUCAGCCUUUGUGGAGAUUAUAUUCGAUAAUUCAGAUAACAGAAUACCGAUUGAUAAAGAUGAAGUAGUACUCAGGCGUGUUAUUGGAUCCAAGAAAGAUCAGUAUUUUUUAGACAAGAAAAUGGUUACGAAAGGAGAUGUUAUGAACUUGUUAGAGAGUGCUGGAUUUUCUCGUAGUAAUCCAUACUAUAUUGUUAAACAGGGAAAGAUUAACCAAAUGGCAACAGCCCCUGAUUCUCAGAGAAUCAAACUUUUAAGAGAAGUGGCUGGAACUAAAGUUUAUGAUGAGAGAAAAGAGGAGAGUAAAGUAAUUCUUAGAGAAACUGAGGGUAAGAGAGAGAAGAUCAAUGAUCUGUUGAAGUACAUAGAAGAGAGGCUGGCCACAUUGGAGGAUGAAAAAGAAGAGCUUAAAGAAUAUCAGAAAUGGGAUAAGAUGAGAAGAUCUCUUGAGUACACAAUUCAUGACCAUGAACUAAGAGACACAAGGAAAAAACUGGACGAGUUGCAAGAAAAAAGGGACAACAGCGGAGCCAUGACUCAAAAGAUUCGAGACAAACAGCAGUCUACAGUGGAUAAAGUGAAGGCCAUUACGAGAGAACUCCGAGAUCUGAAAACUAAGAUGCAGGGGGUGAUGGAGGAAAAAGAAAAUUUGAACUCUGAAAACCAAGAAGUGACAAAGCGCAGAGCCAAGCUAGAACUGAUGAUCAAAGACAUCCAGGAUGAGUUGGAGGGAGAUAAAAGUGCUAGGAGCAAAUCGGAGGAUGAGCUGAAAAAGAUCAAUGAAAAAAUCCAGAAAACACAACAACAGCUAGAAAACAACUUGCCACUGUAUGAAGCUCAGAAACAGAGGGAGGAGAACUGUACCCAGCAAUUAUCAUUAGCGGAACAGAGGCGGAAGGAACUGUAUGCAAAACAGGGCAGAGGAAAUCAGUUCACCUCCAGGGAUGAUAGGGACAACUGGAUUAAAAAAGAACUCAAAUCUCUCAACAGGGCAAUCCGAGACAAAGAAGAACAGAUUCGGAGACUGAGAGAAGAUUUAGUGAAUGAUAACAAAAGAGCUGAGCACCUGGGAACUCAAACACUGGAAAUAAGCAGCAAAAUUGACCAGAAUAAGGAUAUCAUUGAGCAGAAUAACAGAAAUUUCAAUGAAAUGAAGAAACAGAGGGAUGCAUUACAAAAUGAAAGAAAUGUAUUAUGGAGGCAAGAAACAUUAUUACAACAAGAAUUACAGAGUACAAGAGAAGAAUUGAGUAAAAAGGAGCAAGGCCUGAGGUCAAUGAUUGGGAAGGCCACCUUGAAUGGAAUUGACAGUGUUCAAAAGGUGCUGGAUUCCUUCCGAGAGCAGGGAAGGUACAUGGAUGUGGUGGAAGGUUACUGUGGAACGUUAAUCGGUCAACUAGACUGUGAAAAGACAUUCUUUACCUGUGUGGAAGUUACAGCUGGAAAUAGACUUUUUCAUCAUGUGGUGGAUUCAGACAGGACGGGCACAAAAAUCCUAACAGAAAUGAAUCGUCUUAAAUUACCAGGAGAGGUUACGCUAAUGCCGCUCAAUAAAUUAGACGGAAAGGAGACGCAAUAUCCCAGUACUAAUGAUGCCAUUCCUAUGAUCAGUAAAAUUAAAUAUGAUCCUCGAUUUAAACGUGCAAUGUACCAUGUCUUUGGGAAAACCCUGAUUUGUCGAAAUAUGGAGACCGCCACCCAGAUUGCUCGAACUCAAAACCUAGAUUGUAUAACAUUAGAAGGUGACCAGGUGAGUCGGCGGGGGGCCCUGACAGGGGGUUACUACGACAUGCGUCGGUCACGACUGGACCUCCAGAAAGGGAAGAUGGAGUACCAACAGAAGCUGGCCGUCCAGGAACGGGAGUACCAAGAACACAAACAGAAACUAGAGGCCGUGGAGACCAAGAUCAACAACCUGGUCAGUGAGAUGCAGAAGAUGGAGACAAGGAACAGCAAGAACAAAGAUACUUUCGACAAAAUGAGGGCAGAUUUGCGACUUAUGACCGAAGAAAAACAGGCAAUAGAAAAAUCAAUGUCUUCAAAGGAAACCAGUGUUGCUAGUUUAAAAGCCAGUUUAGAAACAAUGCAGGGUUCAGCUGCUUCAUUAAAUGAAGAACUAGGAUCUGAUCUUCUGUCUCAGCUCAGUGUGGAGGAUCAAAGGGAGGUGGACUACCUCAACGAUCAAAUCAAGAAUCUCACCCAGCAGAAUAAGGAGGCCCUGACAGAGAGAAUCAGGUUGGAGGGUGAAAAGAACAAACUGGAGAAUCUGUUGCAUAAUAACCUGAUGAAGAAGAGGGAUCGCGUCCUCCACGACCUCCAGGAAGUGUCCGUGGCUGACCGGCGCCACAAGCUGGAGCAAUACCAGACGGAGCUGGAACAGGAGGACGAGAAACUCACCAACUUCAAGGAGCAAACCAAAGAGUUGGAUGCACAGCUUGAGAAGAUGAACAAAGAACAGAAGGAAAUGCAGUCAAAUUUAGAAAACUGGAGGGCAAAAGAGAAAGAGUAUCAGGACAAAAUCUCUGAUGAUGCAAAAGAUCUGGAGAAAAUGACAAACAAGCAAAGCUUGUUACUGAAAAAGAAAGAUGAAUGCAUGAAGAAAAUCAGGGAACUGGGUUCACUUCCAAGUGAUGCAUUUGAAAAGUAUCAGAGCUUUAACCUCAAACAGCUUUUCAAAAAGCUUGAGAACUGCAAUCAGGAGCUAAAAAGGUACAGCCAUGUGAACAAGAAAGCCUUGGAUCAGUUUGUGAAUUUCUCAGACCAGAAAGAGAAGCUGAUCAAAAGGAAAGAAGAGUUAGACAGUGCUCAUCAGUCAAUUCUUGAUCUGAUGAACUCAUUGGACCAAAGGAAAUAUGAGGCUAUUCAGCUCACAUUUAAACAGGUGUCUAAAUACUUCAGUGAGAUAUUCAAAAAGUUAGCCCCACAAGGUCAUGCCCAGCUGGUGAUGAAGAAGGGGGACACUGACCAGGGGGAGGAGGAGGACUCCCAGGACUCAGUGCCACUGGUGGAGCAGUUCACCGGGGUCGGGAUUAAGGUAUCCUUCACCGGAAACAAGGCGGAGAUGAGGGACAUGCAGCAGCUGUCCGGGGGACAGAAAUCUCUGGUGGCCUUGACCUUGAUUUUUGCCAUCCAGAAGUGUGACCCUGCCCCCUUUUACCUGUUCGAUGAGAUUGAUCAGGCCCUGGACUCUAAUCACAGGAAAGCAGUAGCAGACAUGAUCAAUGAGUUGGCAGGGAAUGCUCAGUUUAUUACAACAACCUUUAGACCCGAGUUACUGGAGCAUGCAGACAAAUUUUAUGGUGUGAAGUUCAGGAAUAAGGUAUCUCAUAUAGAAUGUGUCAGUAAGGAGGAGGCGGAAGAUUUCGUGGAGGACGAUACCACCCACGGGUGAUUGACACGCCCACACAUACACCCACCGGCAGCUGAAUGAGUGCAAUGUGCUCACCUUUCGAUUCAUUCGCUCCAUCUCCAGAAAAACCCAAGACCAGUAAAACAAAACUGCUUGUUCUACUGGAAAAAUCUUCAUUAACACCAAGAGCAAUUAUUUUACAGGAAAAUCUUUCAGGAGCUAGAGGGAACAUGGAUCACUUUAGUUUUCUUUUUCCUCCAAUCAUUCUAGUAAACAUUUGUGUUGAAUGUUGUUGAAAGUUGUCUUGGGAUCUGAAGGAUGUUUUUUUUUUUUUUUUGAAUUACCAGUAUGUAAAUUUCAUUGUCAUGUGCUAUACUGUGUACGUGUAUGUCAUUUUUAAGCAUCAGUAGCAUCUUUUAGCGGUGAAAUUGAUUUGUAUUGCUGUAUGAUCAAAUGUAAAAAUCAUUAUCCCAGGCGCAGAAUUUAUUUUUAGAAAAUUAUGUAUAGACAGCAACAGUUUGAUUUUGCAAUUCCCAGUUAUGAAAUCUUUUAAUAUUUAAAUAAAAUCUAUUGUACUUA